AGGUUGGAAAUUUCAGCAAGUGUAGAAAUUUCCCAAAAUGGAAGAAAGAAAGGAUGUGAAAACGCAUGAUGGAAUAAACACGUGAUGGAAUAAUAUUGAGCACAAGAGAGUCACAUGCUUGUCACAUGAUGAGUACCAGUCUCCAGAGACUUCGUUGUUGUCUAAUUUGUCUUGUUGCGUCUUUCGAAACGUCAAACAAUGGAGUUUCAGUAUUUUUUCAUCUUAUUUUGCUGCCUUUAUGGCUGCUCUUUAGCUCUGCCAGUGAAUGUAAAUGGGGAUCCAGUGUAUACACAACCAGAACAAGUUCAUAUUUCAGCGACAGGUGAUGUAACUGAAAUGGUGAUAACUUGGGUGACAAUUGUAGCAGACAUCGAUUCAAUUGUUCAGUAUGGUCUAGCAGACAAGGCUCUUGCAAUGACCGCCAAAGGGAAUGCUACAAAGUUUGUUGAUGGUGGAUCAGAAAAAACAGUGAGAUACAUUCAUAGAGUGAAAUUGACUGGACUAAGACCAGCGACAUCAUAUGAUUAUCACUGUGGAAGUAUGAUGGGUUGGAGCUCUAUCUUCAGAUUCAAAACUUUACCUGAAGGAACCAACUGGAGUCCAAGAUUGUGUCUUUAUGGGGACUUGGGAAAUUCAAAUGCCAUGUCAUUGGGUUAUAUCCAAGAAGAAUUAGCUAGGGAUGACUUUGAUGCAGUUUUGCAUGUUGGUGAUUUUGCUUACGACUUGGCCUCGGACCAAGGACGUGUUGGUGAUGCUUUCAUGAGGCAAAUUGUGCCAAUCGCAUCAGCACGACCUUACAUGACCUGCCCUGGAAACCAUGAAUAUGCAUACAAUUUUUCCAACUACAGAAAUCGAUUCUCCAUGCCUGGAAAUUCUGAAAGCCUCUGGUACAGUUGGAAUGUUGGACCAAUGCAUAUCAUCAGCCUUUCCACCGAGGUCUACUUUGACUACUUACAAGAUGGAAUUCAACUUCUUACUCGUCAAUAUGAAUGGCUUCUUCAUGAUUUGAAACAAGCAACAUCACCUCAAAGACGUCAAGAACAACCUUGGAUAAUGGUGAUGGGACAUAGACCAAUGUAUUGUUCUGAUAAUGACGGUGAUGAUUGUACAAAAGUGGACAGCAAGGUCCGUGUUGGUGUGACCUCCUCUCACUUGUUUUCCCUUGAAAAACUUUUCUAUUCAUACGGCGUUGAUUUGUUAAUCUGGGCACAUGAACAUAAUUACGAACGUCUCUUUCCAAUAUAUGAUCAAAAGGUUUACAAUGGUUCCUAUGAGUUUCCAUUUACUAACCCUAGAGCUCCAGUGCACAUCACAACAGGAUCUGGGGGAUGCAGUGAACGUCAUGAUCCAUUUUCAAAAGAUCCAGCCUAUUUUACGGCGUUUCGUGCUCUUGACUAUGGGUAUUCACGAAUGACAGUUUAUAACUCAACACAUUUAUACUGGGAUCAGAUCAGUAUUGAUCAGGGUGGAAAAGUUAUUGAUGAAAUGUGGCUGAUUAAAGAUAUUCACGGGCCUUACAACUGAAGAUUUAAUAACUUCUUUUCUAAUUGCCCAGAAUUUGUUACAAUUCCUUCUUGCAUUUUUUUUCGUAGAUGAUUUGUUUACUAUAAUUUGAUGCAAUCUCAGGAAUCCUGAAACAUCUUCCAAAGAAUUUUUACUCUCAAUGUUUUUAAUUUUAAUGGUAUUUAAUAGUUGUUAUUGACUUUGGGUAUAUAAAUCACCAUUUGAUGUACGUUUAUAAUGUAAAGUAGGGUAUCACCAUAUAUGCCAAUAAGGGUUGAACACCAGGGGCAGGGUAUUAUAGUUCAGUUAAAUGCUUUAAAUGAAUUCCAAUAUAUUUAUCAGCAAAAUGAAAAUAAACUUCUACAAAACUUUUGCGAUUCUUUUGCACAAUAUCGUAGUUUUCCCAACACUAGUUCCUGCUCGCUUGCUCCAGAAGUUUGAAGAGUCAGUUGUAAACAUUUUCUGAAAAUAUUUUGCAAGAUUUAGGAAAGGGAAUGAGUCGAAAAUGAUAGAAAUAGAUCGGCUCGUGUAUCUAAAACUCACUGGGUUGACUUCCUAACAAAUAAAGUUUAAUUUCGACUCUCAAUAGAAUGAGAUUCAUGUACCAUUUAUAAACCUUGCCUUCCCAUGAAGCAACGAGCGCUUGCGGAGGAAGUAAACGUGCAUCAUGGGAUAUCUACGAUAAGUGCAAUUUAGUGCAAAUGUUAAAAUUUAAAGAUACUGAAACAGCUGUCAAAGAAAAAAGCUCGCUUAGUUUUGUGUCGUUAACCUUGAUCUUCUAAUAGGCUUGGUUGAUAUCCAUAACAAUUGAACGUUUGUCGAAUAAAACCGCAUCGAUGCGAUGAUAGCGUCCAUUGAGCUACUGCAACCCUUAUUAAAAUUUAAAUGAUCAUUAAAGUAAUUAUGUAAAAAC